UCGAAAAAUAUUUAUUGUAUGUAACUCAAACUUUUUAACCAUGAUAAGAGAACCAGGGGCUAACUUUAAACCAAUUUUGAAAUUUCUUAUUUGGAACUCCUCAGUUGAAUCUAAGGGACUGGUACACUUAAAAGGUAGUUUUUGCAAUGUCUGAGCUAUUGUAUUCGUUAUAAAAGUCUGCCCUUCCGUUUUUGAUGCUGUGUUCAAUUUCUGUCUUUGACAGUCAGUCCUUGGCCUCCAUUCUCCAACUAAACACGAUCUCAGGACGCUUCAAAAAACUUGAAUUUAGCUCUGUGGUACACUAAAAAGUAUAGUCUUUCACUCGAGGAGACAUUGUCUAGCUUCAUUUAAGAGAUAGUUGACUUAUUUCGGCUGUUUUGCCACCGUAAGCACUCAAUACGAGCUAAUGCGGCCGCCAUAUUGGAAAAUGUCAUGACAACCAAGAUCCUCGCUGGGGGUCAUUUCACAAGCUUGACCCAUGCCUUAAAGGAAACCGAACAAGUACUUCUUAAAAGAAGCAAAACUGAAUCAACUACAGGUCAUCGUCAAAGCUGGAAAAUCGAAAAUCAAAACAUUCUCUCGGGAUCAAACAUAGUUUAUAAGUUCUACAAACUUCGGCAGAUCUCCGAACACAAGUAAACCAAACAAGGACUGGCUAGAAAAUGGAGUCCCUGCUUACAUGGUACAACAGUUGGAGAAAUGUUCUUUGCUUUCUGAUCUUCGGCAUACAAAGUGUGUUCUACCUGCGAGUGCUCUCUGUCGCUGCCCAAGACAUCUUGAUGGGUAGCACGCUACCGACCAGCUCGGUGAUCCUCAGCAUGUCCACGCUUGAGCUCGUCGGCAAGCUCACAGUACCGUGGAUCAUCUACCGAAUACCCUUUAAAGUCUCAUUUGUCAUUGGUCUAGUCAUCUCCACCGGCUCUGUGGUUGUUGUAGUCAUGAUGGAAUCGGUUCUCUUGAGGGUUGGGGGCACUAUGUUAAUUGGAGGCGCGCUUGCUUGGAACAUGAGUCUGUUUCUGGCAAUGGCCGCACGAUAUCGUGACAUCUCAGAGCUGACCCAGGUUACGAGUGCCUUAGAGACUGGGAUAAAUUCCGGCUCGAUGCUGGCAGCAGUAUCAUACACAGGUCUGACUACUUCUGAGUGUAUCGCUCCCCGAGUCGCUAUAGCCGGGACUCUCGUGUUCAGCGCCGUCUACAUCUUCUUUUUCCUCAACUUACACGCAGAGAACACCAACGAAAAACAGGAUUCAGAAGCUCGGUAUCAGAAACUAGAAGACCCCGGCAAGCCUAAUGACAAAACCUGCUGUGGUAAAAAAUCAAAGAUAUUUCUCAAGGUUUUACCGAUCUGCUUAUACCUGUUUGUCGGCUUCUUUGCUUUCUUUUUCACGCAUUUCUCGGUGCUUACAACCCUUGCUUUCCCUAGCGCACCAUUCGCACCAUCCAGUCAUUUUAAGAUGUACACGGUAGCUUUUGGGGUGUCGCGUUUUCUGGGCGGAUCGGAGCUACUUGUAGUGUCUAGGUUAUGUCCUAAGUUCCUGCCCUUCGCUCGUGUUCAUCGAAUAUGGGUGCUUUCUUUGAUUGAUUUCGCGCAUGCUAUAUUCUUUAUCUUUGCUGCUUGGUAUCGGUUUAUCCCAAAUGUCUGGAUAGUCUUGUCUCUCUGUGUUGUUCACGGUUUUAUCAGUGGGUCUAUCAUGGUCAACGGAGCAUUAGAAGCUGCUGACCUUUUCGAAGAUUCUGUCGACAAGGGCAUAGCAAUGAGCAUGAUCCAAUGGGGUAUCACGGCUGGAAUAAUUGCAGCAAGUAUCGUGGGCUUAUUCGCUGAGCCUGUAUUUAAAAGCCAUUGCCAGCAAGAGAUGUUGCUUGCGGAGUAUUGCAUCACAAGAGAGAACUACACCAUAGGGUGGAGCCACCCAAAAUGUUAGAACUACCCAAUAGGGUAGAGCCACCCAAAAUGUUAGAACUACCCAAUAGGGUGGAGCCACCCAAAAUGUUAGAACUACCCAAUAGGGUAGAGCCACCCAAAAUGUUAGAACUACCCAAUAGGGUAGAGCCACCCAAAAUGUUAGAACUACCCAAUAGGGUGGAGCCACCCAAAAUGUUAGAACUACCCAAUAGGCUAGAGCCACCCAAAAUGUUAGAACUACCCAAUAGGGUGGAGCCACCCAAAAUGUUAGAACUACCCAAUAGGGUGGAGCCACCCAAAAUGUUAGAACUACCCAAUAGGGUAGAGCCACCCAAAAUGUUAGAACUACCCAAUAGGGUGGAGCCACCCAAAAUGUUAGAACUACCCAAUAGGGUAGAGCCACCCAAAAUGUUAGAACUACCCAAUAGGGUGGAGCCACCCAAAAUGUUAGAACUACCCAAUAGGGUAGAGCCACCCAAAAUGUUAGAACUACCCAAUAGGGUGGAGCCACCCAAAAUGUUAGAACUACCCAAUAGGGUAGAUCCACCCAAAAUGUUAGAACUACCCAAUAGGGUGGAGCCACCCAAAAUGUUAGAACUACCCAAUAGGGUAGAUCCACCCAAAAUGUUAGAACUACCCAAUAGGGUGGAGCCACCCAAAAGUUAGAACUACCCAAUAGGGUAGAGCCACCCGAAAUGUUAGAACUACCCAAUAGGGUGGAGCCACCCAAAAUGUUAGAACUACCCAAUAGGGUAGAGCCACCCAAAAUGUUAGAACUACCCAAUAGGGUGGAGCCACCCAAAAUGUUAGAACUACCCAAUAGGGUAGAUCCACCCAAAAUGUUAGAACUACCCAAUAGGGUAGAGCCACCCAAAAUGUUAGAACUACCCAAUAGGGUAGUCUGGGGGUGAGCGGGGUGGGGGAUGUGGUUCAGUAAUAAGUGUUGAUAAAAUCAUUAACAACACAUACAGCUGUUCUGAAAAGGUUGUCCACCCUAGAAAUGUGACCUUAUGCAUGUGUAUAUAAUAUUAGGUGUGUUACAGUGAACUAAUUCAAAGAGAGAUAUAUUGAAAUAUGCAUCAAAUUCUUCCCAAAAAUGAAUAUAUAUCAUGACCUACGUGACAUUUUUAACAUUGAGAAUGUCUUUCUUGGUUGACAACCUUUUUAAAAUCAGCUGUUCCAGCAAUUACAGGGCGUGCGAACGGAGUUUUUGUAUAACACGGAAACCAGCAUAAAUUAGACCUAGAAGUUCUGUAAACACAUCAGUGAGGAGUAAAACCAACAAGCUUGCACUCGCGCUAACAAGAUUGCCAUAUUGUUAAAAUGAUACAAUAAAGCAUGUUACAGGUUCA